AUGACUGAGCCCAACAUGAGCCUAGUGACCACCAACAUCAGCGGGGCUGGGAGCGACAACCUGGGGUAUGGAACAGGGAACUUCUACCGUCCGUUUUCGGUGUUCAGCGUGCUAACCCUCACCCUGCUAGCCAUGCUGGUGGUGGCCACCUUUGUUUGGAACCUCCUGGUUCUCCUCACCAUCCUGAGGGUGCGGACCUUCCACCGUGUGCCCCACAACCUGGUGGCUUCCAUGGCCAUUUCAGACGUGAUGGUGGCUGCCCUGGUCAUGCCACUGAGCCUGGUACACGAGCUCAAUGGGCGGCUGUGGAAGCUGGGCCGCGUGCUCUGCCAAGUGUGGAUCUCCUUCGACGUGCUCUGCUGCACGGCCAGCAUCUGGAACGUGACCGCCAUCGCCCUGGACCGCUACUGGUCCAUCACCAGACACUUGGAAUACACGCUCAAGACUCGCAAGAGGAUCUCCAAUGUGAUGAUCGUACUCACCUGGCUGCUGUCCUCAGUCAUCUCCCUGUCGCCACUGUUCGGCUGGGGGGAGACCUACUCAGAGGAGGGCAUGGAGUGCCAGGUGAGCCAGGCACCCUCCUACACCAUCUUCUCCACCUUCGGAGCGUUCUACCUGCCGCUGUGCGUGGUGCUCUUCGUCUACUGGAAGAUCUACAAGGCGGCCAAGUUCCGCAUCGGCUCGCGCAAGACCAACACCAUCACGCCUAUGGCUGAGGUGAUUGAGGUGAAGGAGGCAUCGGGGCAGCCCCAGAUGGUGUUCACUGUGCGCCACGCUACGGUGACCUUUCAGAUGGACGGCGACACGUGGCGCGAGCAGAAGGAGAAGAAGGCGGCGCUGAUGGUGGGCAUACUGAUCGGCGUCUUCGUCCUCUGCUGGAUCCCCUUCUUCCUCACCGAGCUCAUCAUCCCACUGUGCCACUGCGACAUUCCACCCAUCUGGAAGAGCAUCUUCCUGUGGCUGGGCUACUCCAACUCCUUCUUCAACCCGCUUAUCUACACCGCCUUUAACAAGAACUACAACAACGCCCUGAAGAACCUGUUCUCCCGCCAACACUAAGCCUGGGGAUGAGGGCUGGAGAACGAGGGCUGGAGGACAAAAGUGACAGUGUAAAAUAACGGUUAAAAUC